AUGGAGACCACAACACUCUUCAAGUCAUUUGAAGAAGCGAUGGAUAAAGAGACGGCAGUAGGCGAAUUUAAAGAUGCCAACACACACCAUCUUAAGCGGCGCUUCUCAGAAUAUUAUGCUUCUCAGAAGAGAAAGUGGGGUAACUUUACUCAGUUUACUUUUGGCCAUAACCCUAUCGAGAAGUUCAAAGAUAUAACGGCUAUCUUUACUAUCACACUCUAUCCUGACUAUGUAGUAGUUGGACCGGCCGAAAAAGAAGGUACCCGGCACCCAUACACCGAUAUUAUCAAUGCUAUUCUUUCCUAUAUUAAUCGCAACCUUAUGCAUCCUUAUCUUCUUGAUCUACUAGAUCGAGGUGAGUAUCCUUUUUAUGACAACCAUAUUGUAGUUGAGGUAGUUGAUCAUCGAUGUUCAGAAUCUAGCACACAUCGCGUGCUUCUUAAAGGUGCCUUCUCAGAACUACCCUAUACGCCCGCACUGAUUCUCUCUACUAAAACUGAUGAACUAGAAGAGGCCCGGACUAUCGCUAAAACUGCUAAAAUAUGUCUUGAUCCUUCUCCUGAGGUUUUUGAGGUCUUGAAACUCCAGGACUACAAUGAGAAGAAGUUAGAUCAGAUCCAGAUUGAGCCGCCUCAAAAAAGGAAAGUUCAGAUUGGCGGGAUUAUCAAAGAGUAUCGGCGUAUCAAAGAACUCCAGAAAAAAGAAGCCUUCCAAGGUUUGGAGCGACAUGGGGCUACUCAGAUUUAUCGGACGGUUAAAUUUGUUGGGGGUGCUUAUCACUACUCUAUCAAUGCUAUUGCUAGUGCUGAUUAUAUUGAAGUUGUUUUUCGUCAAGGAGAUACGAUCAAUACUGCUUUGGGAGGUUUUAUUCAAAAGCGUAAGUUUACUUCUAUGGCCCAAAUUGAUAUCUAUUUAGAGAGUAUUCGUAAACUCUUAGAGAUCUACCAUACUGAUUUGAAGUGUAUUUGUGAUAUGUCGGCUAGUCCUCGUAAGCCUAAGCCACUUUAUACUUCUCCUCCACCGCCGCGGCCUAUUCCUGAGGACAUACCCCGCCGAGUAACUCCACCCGCUCCUACUAUGAUUCCGCCCAUUACUCCAUCACCUACUCAGGCUCUCCAUCUAGACCGGAUGCGAUUCCAAAGACCUCCUGAGCCUAAAGAAUCCUCUUUUGAGCCGGCCAAACCUCAAUUUGAUCCUCCUAAACAGUCCUGGCCAGAUAAGCCCAAAGAGGAAAUUGAUGAUUUCAGUUUUGAUUACAUCAACAAGAAGUUUAUAUAA